GACGCCGGUUCCUCCGGGGCUGGGCGUGCAGCGCCGAGCACCGCUACCGGAGCCGGGAGGCCUCGUGGUGGCCCUCGGCCCGUCCCCGCUCCCCCCGGCCACCCAGCCCGCCCCGGCAGCCCCGCAGGACGAUGAACGUGCUGGCUCCGGUCCGCAGGGACAGGGUCAUCGCCGACCUGCCCCCGUGUUUUCGGAAGGAGGCCGCCCUGCACGCCCGCCCCGCCUUCCACCCCACGGUGGCCAGCGCCUGCCAGGAGCAGCGGACGGGCACCGUGGGGUUCAAGAUCUCCAAGAUCAUCGUGGUGGGGGACCUCUCGGUGGGGAAGACCUGUCUGAUCAACCGCUUUUGCAAGGACACCUUCGACAAGAACUACAAGGCGACCAUCGGGGUGGAUUUCGAGAUGGAGCGGUUCGAGGUGCUGGGGGUGCCCUUCAGCCUGCAGCUGUGGGACACAGCCGGCCAGGAGCGCUUCAAGUGCAUCGCCUCCACCUACUACCGGGGAGCGCAAGCCAUCGUCAUCGUCUUCGAUGUCAACGACGUGGCGUCCCUGGACCACACGCGGCAGUGGCUGGCUGAUGCCCUGAAGGAGAACGACCCAUCCAACGUGAUCCUCUUCUUGGUGGGCUCCAAGAAGGACCUGAGCACGCCGGCACAGUACAGCCUGAUGGAAAAGGAUGCUCUGAAGGUGGCCCAGGAGAUGCAGGCAGAAUACUGGGCCGUCUCCUCACUCACCGGGGAGAACGUGCGGGAUUUCUUCUUCCGUGUGGCGGCGCUGACCUUUGAGAGCAGCGUGCUGGCCGAGCUGGAGCGCAGCAGCGCCCGCAAGAUCGGCGACACCGUGCGGAUCAGCAGCAACGAGAGCGACCUGUACCUGUCGGCACCCCGCAAGAAACCCAAGUGCUGCCAGUGAGGGGGCAGCCCCUUGCCCCCCCUGCGCUCACACCUCUGGACCAAAGAGGGGCGGCCCCAGCUGGCUCCGAGGAGCUGCCCCCAGCCCCCCCGGCCCCCCGUCUGCCCGGGCACCCACAGCCGGGGCGGGCAGGAGCACCCGUGCGGCUCCCUUAGCUAUGCAAACCCAGGUACCACUUGGAGUGGGAGAUGGCCCCGGGCUCCUGUU